AUGUUUAGCAGCAGCAGCGGCUCCCGAAUUUGCGUGCAAAUGCGCAGAACUGGUGCCGGGAAUUUCGGCACCGCGCUGCUUAUGCGGACUUGCUAUGAUGUGUUGGGUUGUUCGCCGAAUGCUUCGUUAGAUGAAUUGAAGGAAGGUUAUCUUCGUGAGCUGCGGGCGAAGCAUCCAGACAGAGGCGGAUCCAGUGCUGCGUUAUUGUUGGUGAGAAAAGCCUGGUUCAUUUUGAGGUAA